AUGUACACCUCCUACGAGAUCGUCUGUCGAACGAACAUUCCCGCCUUCAAACUGAAACACUCCGUUGUGCGCCGGCGAUACUCCGACUUUGAGUACUUCAGAGAUAUCCUGGAGCGCGAGAGCACACGAGUCACAAUACCGCCACUUCCGGGGAAAGUGUUCACCAACCGCUUUAGCGACGACGUGAUUGAGCACCGGCGAGAGGGUUUGCAGAGGUUCUUGCAGAUUGUUGCGGGCCACCCCUUGCUGCAGACAGGGAGUAAAGUUCUUGCGAGUUUUAUCCAGGACCCAAACUGGGACCGAAACGCUUGGUGA